AUGCGGUCGGCAGUGGUUGCUGCUGGCUUGGCCGUGGCACUGCUCGCCGGGGUUCUCUUGAUCGCUCAGAGAUCUUCUCGAGCAGGGAGCAUGAAGCAACAAGUUGAUGAGAUGGCUGCCUCGAGGCCUAGGGUUCUUCUCAGCAGGAAGAAGCUUCGACGUGGCCCCGUCAACGUCGUGAGGAAGGUGGCGAUCAGAGUGACUUCGCUGCCAGCAAGCCAUAGGGCUCGCGAGAUGCAGCUGAGCUCUCAAGAUCGCCCGCAGCUCACUGCCGUGGAACAAGCCAGGCAAUCGUGGCUGGAGCUCAAAGAUGGGCAGCAGAACAGCAUCGUGAUCACAUCGCCAUCCGACUCGAGCAAGGAGCUUCUCAACAAAGACCUCGUGCUGCCGGACUCGGGGGGGGCGAUCCCGGAAGAGGCGUGCAAGUAUGGCCUCUCAGACCUCUCCAUGUGCGACAAACCCGAUCACUGGCCGAGGUGA